GUGACUGAAUCGGCGCUGCCGUCAAAAUAAUCUUCACUGACUCAGUGUCAAAAUGUUUUAAUCCGUAUACAUACGGGAGAUUGUACGAUUCUGGUUGAAUCUCUUCAUGGAGAAAAAAAGAGUGAAUGAGGAAUUCGGUACAAACAUCAUAAGUAUUAGCAACAAAGACAAUCACUAACAGGAAAAUGGACGGUCCAUCACCUUCCAAACAGGCUAAAAUCAUAGACUCGGAACAGAGUCCAUCAGAAACACCGACGACAUCAAAGCCCGAGGAACCCAUCCCUUCAAUUUCUGGAGGAGACAAAGACUCCAUCGAGCAGGACGAUACGCUGGAGAUUCUUGAACAGAUCGACAAUUGUCAGGGGGAAAUUGAGAACUUGAACGAAUCUGCAAGCGAAGAAAUCAUACGCAUCGAAGAAAGGUACAACAGACUACGGAAACCGUUCACCGAUAAACGCAACGAGUUCAUUCAGAAAAUACCAAACUUCUGGAUCUGCACUUUUGUUAACCAUCCUCAGAUUGCUCCACGAUUAAACGAAGAAGAUGAAGAAUGCCUUCAUUAUCUGAGACGGCUCGACAUCGAUCACUACGAGGACCUCAAGACGGGCUUCCGAAUCACAUUCCACUUUGCCGAAAAUCCCUUUCUUGAAAAUAAAACCAUCUGCAAGGAAUUCAGUUUCUCUGAAGACGGAGAACCCACCAGUAAGUGUGACAUCAUACGAUGGAAACCUGGCAUGGACCUCACCAAGAAAGUGCCAAGAAAGAAGAAAUCCAAGUUGGAAGUUAAAUGCUUCAGUUUCUUUACGUGGUUCAGUGAUCAUCUCGACGCAGGGAAUGAUGAGAUUGCAGAUGUUAUCCGUGAUGACCUGUGGAGCAAUCCCUUACAAUACUACCUCAUCCCAGACUUUGACGAUUCCAUGGAGAAGUCUCUGUUCACAGACUCCUAUCUGGACAGCGAUGAGGAUAAUGAGGUCAGCGAUGAAGCGACCUCGCCCAGAGUCAGUCAAACUACAGGAGACAACAUCAAUGAUUCUAGCAAGAGGAAAGUGGGAGUAACUCCAACUAGCAACAAAGAAACAAGUUGAGAUAAAGGGACUUCAUAUCAACUUCAAAACAAACUACAUGUCGCCAGAAUGUCUCUGACAGCUUUGGAAUCUCUUCACACCUGUGACUUAAAUUUUAUUUAAAAUUGUAUUCUAUGGGGUAAAAAGACUGCAUGUUAAAAUGUAAGAGACCGACUUUCACAAACAAUUAAAAACAAAGAGUUACAAAACAUCACUUACAGUCUUUUAAAGACCAAAUGGUGGAGAUUUUACUGUUUUCAAAUUGUUUGGAAUCCCAACAAAGUCAAGUGAAUGUUCUCUUUGCUGGACUGUGGCUUGGGUGCAACAGAGUUUAACAAAAACAGCUAAGCGAUUUUGAUGGUAUUGAAAACAGUUUAAGUUAAGAUAUCAGAAUCAAUUCGGUUUUUUAGGUAUACUACUUUGUUUUAAGAGUUAAAAGAAAAUUUACAGUGCCCAGCACACUAAACUAUUUGCAGGUUUUUUUUUCUUCAAUUUUCUAUGACGCCAAAAAAUAAAAAAAUAAAUGAGAAAAUCGGCUCAUCGGAUGACAACUUUCAAACAAAUUUUUUUUUUUAGUGACAAAAACUACAUUCUGUGGUAAAAGUUAAUAUUCUACAUCAUUUUGUUAUAACAAGCUGUAAAAAAAUACAGGGUUUAAUCAUUGUUUAUCUUGAUUGACAUUAUUCUUUAUUAAAAAAUAAAAGAAUUAGAGACCAAUCCAGUAAGCCCAGUAGACCAAAGAAACUGCUUAAAGGCAGUGGACACUAUUGGAAAUUGUCAAAGACUAGCCUUCACAGUUGGUGUAUCUCAACAU